AUGGACUUCACAGAGUUAGAGUUGAGAAGCGGCCUGCGCUUCAGCUGGCUGGUGUGGCCGUGCUCACACGACGAUGCCGAAAAGGCGGAGGUGCCAGUGGGCUGCCUGUUCACGCCACUGAGGCACUCGGACGAGGACGAAAACAAAGUACCCCUGGUGGAGUACAUCCCAAUCAGGCAUAAAAACAGCGGCAUUUUCCUCAACCCAUACUGUAAAAUAGAUUUCAACACAAAAAAAUGGAUGUGCCCGAUGACAAAAAUCGACAGCGCACUUCCGCAGUUGUACGCGGAAAACAUAAGUCCGCAGAAUCUGCCGCUAGAGUUGACGAACCUGACGAUGGAGUACCUGAUCCCAAUGAACGUGUCAGGAGGGAUCUUCCCGCCAACCUUCAUAUUCGUAAUAGAUACGUGCCUCGCGCACGAGGAGCUGGAUCAGCUGAAGGACUCACUACAGCAGGUAGGCAAAAUGGUGCUGAGUAUGCUCCCAGGAGAAUAUAACAUUGGACUGGUGACAUUUGGAGCAGUGGUGAAGGUGCACGACCUGUGCGAAAGUGAGAUACCGAGAGUGUUCGUGCUGAGAGGAGGACUGGAGCACAAGACGGAAGCAGUGAAGAGGAAUCUUAACCUGGCGCAAAAUAAUCGGUUCGUGCAGCCACUGAGCUCGUGCGAGUACGUCUUGAACAAUUUUUUGGAGACGCUGAUACCGGAUUACUGGCCAGUGCCGAACAAUAAUAGGCCAAGCAGAUGCACAGGAAGCGCACUGAGCGUAGCAGUGAGUCUGCUGGAAAGCUUUGCGCAGGGCAAAGGAGGAAGAAUCAUGACGUUCCUAGGAGGAGCGUGCACAUUCGGACCUGGGAAAAUAGUGGAGCAGUCCCUGAGUGAGUCGAUAAGGCACCACCUGGAUUUGCAAAAAGAAAGCCACAACGCAAGGCUGGUGAAGGACGCACAGAAGUACUACACAGGUCUGGCGAACGCGUGCGCGACGAACGGGCACGCAAUAGACAUAUUCGCAUGCUCGCUGGACCAGUCAGGGCUGCACGAGAUGAAGGUGUGCUGCGACAAGACGGGAGGAAGCAUGGUGAUGUCAGACUCGUUCAGCAUGAGCGUGUUCAAGGACUCGCUGAAGAUGAUAUUCAAGAGAGACGCGGAAGGGAACAUGACGGGAGGAUACAACGCAAGAAUGACAGUGUUCACGUCGCCUGAGCUGAAGGUGUGCGGAGUAGUGGGAGGCUGCCACUCGCUGAAGAAAAAGGCGCCCAACGUAUCGGAAAACGUAAUCGGAGAAGGAGGAACGAACGAGUGGAGCAUAGGAGUGCUCGACAGAAGGUCGACACUGGCAGUGUUCUUCGACGUGGAAACGGGAAACACAAACGUGCUGACGUCAGCAAUGAACGCAGUGGGCAUGAACAACGCAAGCAAGGAGCCGAACGCACUGACGGGCAAGGAGUCGUUCAUCCAGUUCCAGACAGUGUACUUCCACCCAGACGGCACGAAGAGGCUGAGAGUGACCUCGUUCUCGUGCAAGUACGGACAGCCGAACCUGACAGACCUGGCGAACGGAUUCGACCAGGAGGCGGCGACAGUGCUGAUGGCGCGCUACGCACUCUUCAAGAUAUCGACGGAGGACCCGCUGAACGUGCUCCGCUGGCUGGACAAGAAGCUGAUCAACCUGGUGAGCAAGUUCGCAGACUUCCAGAAAAACGACGUCAACUCCUUCAGACUCUCGAGCCAGUUCUCAAUAUACCCGCAGUUCAUGUAUCACCUGAGAAGGUCGCACUUCCUGCAGACCUUCAACGCGAGUCCGGACGAGACGGCCUUCUACAGGACGGUGCUCUCGAGGGAGAACGUGAUCAACUCGCUGGUGAUGAUACAGCCGGCGCUGCUGGAGUACUCCUUCGACAGCCCGACGCCGCAGCCGGUGCUGCUCGACGCGGCCUCGCUGAAGAAGAACGUGAUCCUGAUGCUCGACACCUUCUUCCAGCUCGUCAUCUGGUACGGGGACACGAUCACGCACUGGCGCGAGCAGGGCUACCAGGACAACCCGGAGUACGCGCACUUCAAGGCGCUGCUGCAGAUGCCCCUCGACGACUGCAAGCCCUUCCUCGAGGAGCGCUUCCCGACACCCAAGUUCAUCGUGUGCAACCAGGGCGGGAGCCAGGCCCGCUUCCUGCUCGCGAAGGUUAACCCGAGCACGACGUACACGUCGGGGCUGCAGGAGUUCGACGGCUCGACCGCGAUCAUAAACACGGACGACGUGAGCCUGAAGACGUUCAUGGACCACCUGAUAAAGCUAGUAGUACAGUCAUAA